UGUCAGUGUGUGAGCUUACUUGCCAACAGCCAGAUGGAAUAAAAUCAGAAGUAAAUUUGUCUGUGAGCACACAAAAACACACAAAAAAAAUCUCGGAAAAAAUUACACCAGAAAUCUUGACAAAAUUUAACCAAAAUUUUCUUUCGGCCCAACUUGAAGAUAGUGCAACAAAGAAACGGUGUGUCGAGUGUGUGUUAAAUUCAAACCGCGUUUAACUAAUUGGUCUUCCAGCUGUUUUGGGAAGAACAUGUGCUCCAGUUGCAAGUGAACGAAGGCGAUUGCAGAAGCGUGUUGUGCGAGUUGCUUGUUCUGGGAUACCGAUAGUCCAGAUAGUCCGGAGAUCUUAGAAGACCUAGGAGAAGAAACCACCACCCCUCAUUAAAUAUGGGCAAAAAGGGCAAGGGCAAAAAGGGAAAGGGCAAGAAGCCCGCCGCAGUGGUGGCUCCCAUCGAAGCACCACCAUGUCCUCCGUGUCCGGAACCACCGAAGCAGAUGCAACCGCUCGACGCGUGUCCGGAAUCCAGCGGACCCCACGACGUGCUCCGGGCCCAGCCGAAUCAUUAUCCGGCACUACUUCGCAUUCCGGAAACGAUGGCGGUGGUAGGAUCGGAGAAUGGGUGCUACGAUAGCAUCUGCAAGCUGCUGAGGGCCGGAUUCCGGUGUGCCGAAAGGGUGUUCGUGAUGGCCCCAUGGGGCAACUAUGUGGUCUUCCGGUAUCACAACAACAAUGACUUCAUUUACUUCCUGUACGAUGGUUGCACCUGCGACGUGAAUAGGUUCCGGUAUUUGGACCUCAGCUGCGGAACCGCCGGAUUCCUCUUCUUCGAUAACAUGCACGACGUCAUCAGCUAUAUUAUCCAGUCGCGAAAGACGCGACUUUAUCUGGAGAAUCUCAACAAGAUCGCCAUCGACCAGAUUGUGGAGGAGUACGGCGCUGUAACCUACACCCAAAAGGCCAAGUGCAUGCGGUUCGCUUGAAUGACCACUGGAGCAGUAAACCCCUUCUAAAAUUAAGAUCAACACUGCAAUUUUUUCCCAAUAAAUACCUUUGAUAUCA